UGGCAUGACAUGGUGCCCUGGAUCUGCUGGUUUUGACGUCCAAGGAAAUCUUGCUUUCAUGAUCUGUGAUCCCAUGAAACUUUCCUCAUCUCCUACUGCAAGAUCAUCUUCUGCAUCUUCUUCUUCAUCUCUGUCAUGGAAGAAGGAUUUACCUAUGCAAUUCGGGAUCCCAAUGCCUAUCAUCUGUGAUUGGUUGCAUCAGCACUGGGAGGGCAGCUUGGAUGAGGUCAGCAAGCCCAAGUUGCCUCUCAUUCGACUGGUGUCCUCUGGACAGAAGAGUGAGCAUUCUUGUGCUUCUUUCACCAUGCGUCAGGUAUUCAAGUCUACCAAGGAGGAGAAUGAUGUCCCAUCAUCCUCACAGAUAGCUUCAAAAUCUAUAUAUCAGACUGGAUCUAGUAGUAUAACUAAUGCAAAAGUUCCCCAAAGGGAAGACCCGCCUGUUGAUUUACGUGCAGCCCAUGAGCUGGGAAUUCCAACUCCUGACAUCUUUGAAUCCCCAGAGCUGACAUCUGAGCCAGUUAGGAAGAAGGAACAUGCCCCAGCCCAGCUCUUGGAUAUUAAUUUCCCCCAAAGAGCUCCAAGAUCUAUUGUUUUACCGCUCCCUCUUAAACAAUUGUUCUCUAAUGAAAAUAAUGUUGAAGAACCUAAACAUGGAAAUCCAUCCAGAGAAAAUGGUAGUCCAACAUGGGAGGUGCCACGAGCCAAUUCUGAAGCAGAUCAUCAGGUUCUCCUAGUUGGUCGAUGCCAAGAGGAUUGCUGCAGUGAGGUGCAGUCCAGUUCAUCUCCAUUGGAGGUUUCUAAACUUCGAAAUGAGGGGGACGUGUAUAGUAGUGGGGAGGAAACUAUGUACUCGGCUGAAACUAUGGAGAGUAGAAACUUCCCAAGUCCCAAAGAGAACAAGUUUCAGCAUGGUGGCAGGAGCCAAAGCUGCAUGAACUACAGCAGAUGGAAUUCUACUCAGAGGAACUCAGCAGCACGUAAUGGUACCUUACGGAAGCAGCGCACUAUAAUCCCUGUGAGAAAAACAUGCUCGCAAGCUGCGGCUUUGCCGCAAAGGAGUCAUGAUUAUUUCUGCCCGACCGUCUCCUCGAGCAAGAAGAAGAGGAAUAGCUCAGAGCAGCUAAUAAGGCCCCGCCAGAGUGUUGUUCAAGUGUCUUCAAGAUGGAUGUUCUGAUCAAUUGUUUGUCAGUGAAAAACACAGAGAACAACAGAUUCCUUGUGUCUGCUUAUUGUGUUAAAUUCUACCACAAGUUGUUUUCUGAUGACACAGCAACUACUUCUUUUUCUUUUUUAUUUUAUGUAUGUGCAGAAUGUUGUUACAUGAAUAAAUGGAUCUACUCAGAAGGGUUCAGAUCUGAUGGAUGGGAAUGUUUUAUUAUUGGUGAAGGCCUUUGGAUGCACUCAAAAGACUUUGCUGUAGCAACAUUUCUCAAAAAGCAAGCAUAUUCAUUAGUUUUGAUGUCAUCUUAGCUGCCUGGAGUGGCGGUUCAGGAUUUUCAUCUCAAUGAUUUAGCUUAAAUUUGUUUUCU